CAACACGCACUAACGCUACUACUUUAACGCUGUUAAAAAAAAUUGAUGACAUGAGUGCUGAUAAUUCAGUUGGAAAUGUGUUUGUGCCUUUACGAAAUCUACUGAACUCCAUCCAGUGUGUGAGAGACCGAGUCAGAGAUGGAGAAUCCAAUGAGUCCGGUGGAGCGUUUGACCUCUCCAACUUCUGGGACACUCUGAACCAGGCGGUGAAGGCGGUGUCGCAGGAAGCCACUAAACUCAGCGUGGCAUUCUCCAAACCCCCGCUGCCUUCACAACAGGAUGGAGAGAAGUUGUCAGAGUGGAUCCUGAAGAGCGUCCUCUCUCUGUCCACUGUGUAUUACUGGCUGCCCAAGAGCCAAGGUGUGAGUCUGCGACGACAGGUGAGAGACGCCACAGUGGAUGUGUUGGAGGGAGUCACACAGCUGGUGGAGGUCAUACUGAGCUCCCCACUACAGAGUCUGUCUCAUGAACAGUUAACUUCAACCGGAGGCGUCUGGUCUGCCUGCGACAGCUUAACCCAGCUGCCCCGAGACAAUAAGGCAGCUCUGUUGGUGGUUCUGUCCGCUCAGAUUGGAGUUGUUAAAGAUGCCAUAGAGGAAAUAGAACAGGCGUUAUCGGAGGUUCAGGACCCCUUCAGUGACGUCCUGGACGAUGACCAGGAGCCUCGAGGUAACCAGGACACCUAUUGGCCGGAGAAGGACCGCCUUGUGAUUGGUCCGUGUCAGGGCCUCAUGAAGGCGUCCGCGGUGUGCCUGAGGAACCUGACGUCUGCCGUCAAAACCCACGGGGACGUCUCCACGCCUCAAAACGUGGCUCAGCUCGAUGACCUGGCCGAUAUCACCAAGGAACUCAGUCCUGGUGUCGCUGAUCUGGCUCUCUGUCUCUAUCCACCCAUGGACUAUAGCGGAGUAGAGGACAAUGUUUCUAAAUUGGGAGCACUGUUAAAGAAAGUUCUUGAGAUCAUCAGGUGCAGUCAUGUAUGCGGGGAAUCUCAGCUGACAUGGGUUCAGUUCUUAGAUGGAGCUGUUGAUCACAACCUGCAAAAAACUAAAGACCUCCUUCAGCACGACAGCUACAUUUUGUGUGUGUGUGUGUGUGUGUGUGUGUGUGUGUGUUUUUUUUUGAGUGAAUGGCUAUAGUUUUGUGUGUGAGGAAAUAUAAGAGGUAUGGAUUUCUAAACAUGUGUGUAAGACAUGUGUACAACAAAUAAGAAUUAAAAGGGAGGAGUUGUCUCCUUACAUUAAC